GCACAGAUAAAUCUUAUAAAAAAGACAAUAACUCUUCAGGUCUGGGUAUGACCAAAACUGAGAUUGAAAACUUGAUAAAAUCUAUGAUGCCAUCUAUCCAAGAAAUAAAAACUCAGCACUUUGUGUCAUCUCAACUGAUUUCUUCACAACCAUCUCAAUCAUACUAUAGGCCACAACCACCAGGAACCUCUCAAAUUAUACAAGAUACGAAUAUGACUAGAUUAAUACAAUGGCUUACUGGGGAGAUUCCAGAAUUUGUUCCUGUUUCCAAGCCUGAUUUACCUUUAAAACCAACAAUAAAGAAAGCAUUGCAAAGCAAUAACCCACAGGGUCUUGAAGUUACAGAUAAUGAUCCUGUAGAAGAUAUGUCUAUGAAAAAGAAUUCUAGCAAGCCUAAAUCUUCUAAUCGCAAGACCAAAACCAAAUCUAGAACCAAAAAAUCGAGUCGAUCAAAACAUGUUAAUGCUCAUAUAAUUUCAGAUGAAUCAUCUUCAGACUCUAGCGAUAGCGAAAAUAAAUCAGAUUUCUCUGAAACCAGUGAGUCUAGUAAUUCAGAAAAUGAUGAGUCAGAGACUCGAGGCUAUGCCUCUUCAGAAGAAUAUGAAGUCAAUGCCAUAAAAAAAAAAAUAACUUUUUCUGAUAGCAAGAGAUCAAAGAAGCACAAAA